AUGUCAAGCGACGAUUACGUACGACAGCAGCAGCAACAAGAGAAUAAUUUGACGGCUGGUAUGAUCAAGAUGGAACCCACAAUGGGGAGGGGUGUUGCUUCAUGUGCUGCUUCCACAACUGGUGGUGGCGGAACCAAGACUUUGAGAGGAAAACCAUCCAGUGUACUUCACAUGGAAGAGGAGAAGUAUAUUGCUCUUCGUAAACGAAACAACAUUGCUGUACGGAAGUCAAGAGAGAAACAACGGGCCAAGCAGAAUGAGGUUAUCAAAACGUAA